GUCAAAGAAGACAAUUAAGAUCUCUACAACCUAGGAAAUGGAACAUGUGAGCUAAUCAACAAUCUGGCAGUGGAGGCGUGAACUUUGUUUAUAAACAUUGUUGGAAUUGAGAGAGUGCUUGCUGCAGCUGUUGUGAUCUCAAUAUACGGUGUAUAACAUUAAAGUCAAGAAUUAUAAAAAAAUGGAUUUAAAAUUUAAUUCUGAAGAUCACCAGCAUAUAAGGUAUAAUCCAUUGAAUGAUAGAUGGUUAUUAGUAGCUCCUCAUCGUGCCAAAAGACCAUGGCUAGGACAAGUAGAAAAAAUCCAAGAAGCAGAAAUACCGCCUCAUGAUCUGAACAAUCCAUUAUGUCCUGGAGCAAAAAGAGCUAAUGGAAUGAUGAACCCUUAUUAUGAUGGCACUUAUGUCUUCACAAAUGAUUUUCCAGCACUUACAGAAGAUGUUCCUUCACCAGGAAAAUCAUCUCACCCUUUGUUUAAAGUGGAAGCAGCAAAAGGUACAUGUCGAGUUAUGUGCUUCCAUCCAAAAUCAAAUAUUACAUUGCCCCUGAUGACUGUUGAAGAAAUAAUAAAAGUGAUUGAAGCAUGGAUCAAAGAACACCUUGAUUUGGGAGCCAAGUAUAAAUGGGUGCAGAUUUUUGAAAACAAAGGAGAAAUAAUGGGCUGCUCAAAUCCACAUCCUCACUGCCAAAUUUGGGCCAGUUCUUUUCUUCCUGAUGAACCAAGAAUUGAAGAUAAGCAACAAUAUGAAUAUUUCAUGAAAAAUAGCUCAGUUUUAUUGUUAGACUAUAUAAGUGAAGAACUUAAAAGAAAGAAACGUAUAGUGUUAGAAAAUGAAAAUUGGAUUGUCCUAGUUCCAUAUUGGGCAGUUUGGCCUUUCGAAACUAUGCUAUUGCCAAAAAGGCAUAUUCUUAGAUUAUCUGAUUUAACUGAAGAGGAAAAACAAUCUUUGGCAGCUAUAAUGAAGAAACUACUAACCAAAUAUGAUAACUUGUUUAAAACUUCUUUUCCUUAUUCUAUGGGAUGGCAUGGAGCUCCAACUGGUCCCGAUGUCAAGGAUUACAGUUAUUGGCAGUUACAUGCAUCAUAUUAUCCACCUCUUCUACGCUCAGCUACUAUAAAGAAAUUCUUGGUGGCAUAUGAAAUGUUAUGUCAAUCUCAAAGAGAUUUAACUCCAGAACAAGCUGCAGAAAGACUGAGAAAUUUGUCUGAAAAACAUUACAAAUUCAAUGGAGAAGAAGAAAACUCUUCUUCAUAGAGAAUUUGAAGCUAUCUUCACUUCUUAAAUGUUGGAGCAAAAUCAAAAUGAUAUUUAUGCGAUAUAUUAUUUUAAUAAAGGAACAAUGUUUAUGUAUUAUAGUAAAUUAUUUUUUCCUCAUAAAUUAUGAACUUCAGUUUUGUAUUCAUUUCCGAAGAAAGAAUAAAAAUGGAAACUUUCAUUUUUAAAAGGCAUAUAAAAUUGAUUUUUUUAAAUUUCUAUCUAUAUAUUCUAUUUUAUAUUUAUUAGUUGAUGCAUUAUUUAUUAUAAAGUAUGUAUAUAUAUUUUUUCUGUUAAUGAAUGUUUGAAACAAAGUUGUGAUUUAAAAUCUUAUUAAAAAUCUUUCAACAAUCCAAAAUC